AUGGUGUUUUCAGACACAAAGCCAAUGCCUAUCGCCAUUGUAGGCUUUGGUUGCCGAUUCCCUGGCGACGUCACAAAUGGCGACAAGCUAUGGGAUAUGUUGAUGGACAGGAGGUCGGCUCGUACAGAAGUUCCUGGGGAUCGCUUCAACAUUCAGGCGUUCUACAAUCCCGACGGCGAUCGUUAUGGAACCUGCAACAACCGCGGAGGCCAUUAUCUUACGGAAGAUGUCUCCCUCUUCGACGCGCCCUUUUUCUCCAUCUCGCCGGCCGAGGCCAUGGCUAUGGAUCCCAUGCAGCGAUUACUGCUUGAGGUGACCUACGAGGCACUAGAAAACUCGGGAGCGCCGCUUUCCAGAGUAUCAGGGUCCAAAACAUCAUGUUAUAUCGGAUGUUUCACAAAGGACUACGAGGAGAUGCAACGGCGAGAUGUGGAGCUGGCUCCCAAAUAUCAGUCUACAGGGGCAUCACAAACAAUGCUUUCCAACCGCCUGAGCCACUUCUUCAACUUGAAGGGCCCUAGUAUAAGCAUAGACACAGCCUGUAGUAGUGGACUUGUUGCUGUGCAUCUUGCAUGCCAGAGUCUACGAUCAGGAGAAAGUACCAUGGCAAUCGCUGGGGGUAGUAACCUCAUCUUGAGCCCGGACAUACAAGCAGAAAUGAGCGACAUGCACUUUCUGGGUCCAGACUCAAUUUCAUACGCAUUUGACGACCGAGCUAAUGGCUAUGCACGAGGCGAAGGUAUCGGUGUAAUCAUACUGAAGCCGCUCGACCUAGCAUUGCGCGACAACGAUCCCAUCCGAGCCAUUAUACGUGGCACAGCUGCCAGCUCCGACGGUCGAACGCCGGGAAUCACCAUGCCUUCAAAGGACGCUCAAAUCAACCUCAUUCGCUCAGCUUAUCAUGCAGCGGGCGUCGACGUAAGCGAAACGGGAUAUUUCGAGGCACACGGGACGGGAACGGCUGCAGGCGACCCCAUAGAAAGUGGCGCAAUUGGCGAUGUCUUUGCAGCAAGCCGCCCGUGUCGCAAGGCUGCAGCAACCGAGGAAGCCAUACCCCUUCCCAUUGGUUCCAUAAAAACGAAUAUUGGUCAUUUGGAAGGGGCGAGCGGUAUAGCUGGCAUCAUGAAAGCCAUGCUUAGCGUCGAGAAAGGCAUCAUUGCGCCAAACCUCUGGUUUCAACGGGGCAACCCAGCCAUUGAUUUUGAAGCAUGGCGGAUUGAGGUUCCCACGGAGCCAAAGGAGUGGCCAUUGGACGGUCUGCGCCGCGCCAGUGUCAACUCGUUUGGCUAUGGAGGAACCAAUGCCCACAUCAUUCUUGAUGAUGCACAUCAUUUUCUUCAACUUUACCAUCGUCAAGUUAGUCACAGCAGGAACGACUCAGGAUUCGUCAGCCCUGUCAACGACUCAUGUCCAGUUGCUACUCCAAGACCACGACUCUUCCUACAGUCUGCCAAUGAUGAGCGGAGUGUGCGACAGAUGGCUCAAGCGCUUAUCAACCAUCUUCAGGUACGAGAGGUGUUCAACGAAGACCAGUUUCUAGACGACCUUGCGUACACGCUCUGUGAGCGUCGCACUCGCUUCUCUUAUACCGCUGCCGUCGUCGCAACACACAAGUCUGAUCUCGAGACGAAGUUGCAACACGUGCGCCCGGUUUCCACCUUCAGACUGAGCUUGCAGAGAUGCAGCACUGUCGUCGCAAGCCUGGGGGCAGAUUGGUCACUGAUGGAAGAGCUACUCAAAGGCAAAGAUACCUCAAGAGUCAAUGAGGCAACUUACAGUCAGCCACUAUGUACCGCUCUCCAGAUUGCACUUGUUGACUUACUUGCGACGUGGAAUAUCGAACCACAAAGCGUCGUUGGUCAUUCCAGUGGUGAGAUUGCCGCUGCAUACGCUACUGGUGCGUUGAAUAUUGAGUCUGCCAUGACUAUCGCCUUCUUCCGUGGCUCCUUGUCGCCAAAGGUCAAAGGCAUGGGCUACAAGGGAUGCAUGAUGGCGGUCGGCUUGUCCGAAGACGAGGCCAACAACGAGAUUGAUAGUCUAGGCGACAGCCUUGGCAAAGUAGUCGUGGCAUGUGUCAAUAGUCCACGAGGUGUUACAAUCUCCGGCGACGUCGAUGCCAUCAACAACUUGCAGAAAGCCUUGGACGCGAAAGGCAUCUUCGCUCGGGCGCUGCAAGUAGACACGGCGUAUCACUCUCAUCACAUGCAAGUCAUCGCGGAAGAGUAUCUUUCUCGGCUUCAGGAGGCGCAGGUCACAGUACAAAAUACUGAUGGACGCGUGGCCAUGUUCUCAUCUGUCACUGAAAACAUCGUCGACCAGACCAGCCUUGGCGCCGAGUACUGGGUAUCCAAUCUUGUAGGAAGUGUCCGCUUUGCUGGAGCGCUCGAGAAGCUAUGCACAUCGAACCCCAGUGAAGGUACGCCCAGUGCCGACAUUCUGCUUGAAGUAGGACCGCAUGCCCUCUUCAAGCUUCCAGUCAAAGAGACUCUGGAGAAUAUGGCUGGUAACAAGUCACAUAUCCAGUAUUUCUCCACACUCAUUCGAAACAAGCCCGCGAACGUCACAGCGCUAGAUGCAGCAGGGUCACUAUUUUCCUACGGACACCCAGUCGAUCUACAUGCAAUCAACUUUCCCAGCGAACCCAAACAGCCGCUCUCCGUCUUGACCAAUCUACCGCAAUACACCUGGAACCAUACUCGCAGCUACUGGUGCGAGUCACGGUUAAGUCGUGACUACCGGUUUCGUCAGUUCGCUCGCACCGACAUAUUGGGUGCACCUGCCAUUGAUUGGAACCCCAUGGAACCCAGGUUCCGGAAUUUCAUGCGGUUGCGCGAACAGCCGUGGCUCAGGGACCACAUGGUUCAGGGUGACAUACUUUUCCCAGCUUGUGGGUUUCUUUGCAUGGCUAUUGAGGCUUGUCGGCAGAUGUCCGUUAUCUCGCCAUCGACUUUUUUGCCUGCAGGUGCCACUGCCGUUGGGGAGUACCGGCUUCGGGAGGUUAAUAUUUCACGAGCACUCGUUGUACCGGAUUCGGACGAAGGCGUGGAGACAUCCUUUUCCAUGCGAUGUCGUUCAAACACCAGCCGUUCAAGCUCGGAUGCGUGGCAUGAGUUCACCAUUUAUUCUUACACAACUGAAGGAGGUUGGGUGGAGAACUGCAACGGCCUUCUUUCAGUAACAGAUCAAACCGCUACAGACGACCAGCUUGUCGGGGAAUGCCUCAGGAAAUGGACAUCGGCACAUUCUGCCAGCGUAAGAAAGUUGGAGACAGACAAGUUCUACAGUACCGCCGAUUCCAUAGGUCUAUCUUAUGGGCCCAUGUUCCAGGGCCUUCAGAACAUCAGCAUCGAUCCCAAAUAUCCCAACCAGGCCACGGGCGUUAUUGAAGUCACAGACACAAAGUCUGUGAAUCCCAAACAAUUCGAACAUGAUCGAUUAUUACAUCCAGCUACCUUGGAUACCUUUUUGCAAUUAGGGUUGGCCGCGCUGGGAGGUGCCGAUCUUGUCCAACUCAAGGGCGCCAUGGUACCGACUUUCAUAGAGGAAAUAUCGGUAUCAGCAGACAUCUCAGCACAAAUCGGCGAUCGUCUGAAUGUGCUAGUCAAGGCUGAGCGAUUCGGUACAAGAGAGGCCACUGGCGAUAUCUUCGCGAUAGACCCGAUCACGUCGAAACCAGUUGUACUCAUGGAUGGCUUCAAAUUUGUGGCUAUCAACACUAUCAAUGAGUCUAGCAAAACCCAGGUAUCGCCGAAGCAUUGCUACAAACCAGUGUGGGAACCGGAUGUUGAGCUCAUUGAUCGUGAACACCUCAACCGGGAACUCCAAGCAGCGCCGCGACCAGACGACCGACCAAAGACUGUGAGAGAAUUGGAGCUACUUUCAUAUUACUUCAUCGACAAAGCUCUACAGCAGGUGACAGAAGAAGAAGCGGCUGGUAUGCUACCACAUCAUCAGAAGUUCUACCAAAACUUGUGCGAGCUACGGGAAGCUGUGUUGAAUAAGUCGCAUCCUCAACAAACCGAAGAGUGGCAGCAGCUUCAUACGCCAGAAGUUGCAUCGAAGCUUGAAGCUUUGGUGGAACACUACCGCAACCAUCAGACAGCUUAUGAUGGUAAGCUACUUGUACGAGUGGGUGAAGCCCUCCCAGCCGUGUUUAGACAAGAGGUAGAGCCUCUAGCAUUGAUGACACACGAGAACCUGCUCGAGGACUACUAUACCACUGCCGUAGGUAUGCCCAACACGUAUGCACAAAUCUCUCGCUACACAUCCCUGCUUUCCCACAAGUACCCCAAUCUCGACUAUCUUGAGAUCGGCGCCGGUACUGGCGGAGCAACGGUUCCAACACUCAGGGGUCUAAGUGGGCGUGAAGAAUCGCAAGCCUACCCCCGCUUAGGCUCCUACACCUAUACAGACAUCUCGUCCUACUUCUUCCAGCGCGCUGCCGAGAAGUUUGAAGAGUUUUCCCAAUUCAUGAAGUUUAAGAAACUGGAUGUUGAGCAUGAUCCUGAAACCCAAGACUUCAAGCCUGCAUCGUACGAUGUUAUCGUCGCAGCUAAUGUACUUCACGCUACCUCGGACAUGCACCGCACCAUGACACAUGCUCGAAAGCUUCUCCGACCAGGUGGAAGACUCAUCCUCUUGGAGAUGACAAACCGUCUUCUUGCCGCGUCAGUCAUCUUCGGUACCCUUCCGGGUUGGUGGAACGCAUCCGAAGAAUGGCGCACAGGUGGUCCUCUGCUCACCGAAUCCCAGUGGGAGAAUCUGCUCCACUCCACGGGCUUCAGCAGUCUUCAAGCUAGUAGUCCAGACGUGCUUGAUCCGCUUGAAGAAGGUACCAGACUCAUGAUUGCUACUGCCGUUGAAACAAAACCUGUUGUAUCGAAUGGUUUGAUCACGCCACCCGAACGUCCUCGCUUCAUCAUCUUAUGCCCCGACUCACGCAUCAGGAUGACAAGAUUGGAUAUGCCAUUGGCCCUCAAGUCGAGACUGGAGAGGGCUGGUCUCCAAACACAGCUCAUGUCACUCUCAAAGAUCGACAGCCAAAACCUCGAUCGGACGGUUUGCAUCAGCUUCGUCGAGCUUGAAGAGUCUCUUCUCGCUAAUCCUACCUCGAGCGACAUGAAGAGGCUUCAGAAGAUCGCGGAGACAUCAUCGGGUCUGGUUUGGGUUACCCGCGGCGCUGCAUCCUCGGAUGUUGAUUGUCCUGAGCUUGCCGUCUUCCAAGGUCUAGCGCGAACUCUCCGCGCUGAGAACGAAGGCUUCUCUUGCGUCACUGUUGACCUGGAUGCCAAGGAGAGACUACCUGCACAUAAAGUUGCCGAGUUACUCUUCAACAUGCACGAAAAGCAACUCGUGCCCGGUCAGCGCUUUGGCCUCGCAGAUAGCGAGUUCGUCGAGCAAGGCGGUGUACUUCACAUCAAGCGCGCCCUGCCAGCCGAGAAGCUGAACCAAUUCCUGGUCGCUCGUACUGAUGCCGGAAAGCUGCAACCGCAAUUGGAGACUGUGUUGCAAGAAGGUCGGCCGCUGAAACUCAGUUCAUCCAAUACUAGUGCGACAGGCCCGUUUGUUUUUGAUCAAGAUAUCGAUUUUUCCCGGCCGUUGCAAGCAAAUUUUGUCGAGAUCGAAGUUCACGCUACCAGUCUCAAUGCUCAGGAUGUUGGGAUCCUGAAUGGCGGACACUCGACCGGCAAGCUCGCUCAAGGAUGUACAGGUAUUAUCACGAAGACUGGAAGACAUGUUGACAACCUUGCAGUAGGUGGUCGUGUCGUAGCGUGGUGUCCAGACUCUUUCGCCACACAUGUCCGCCUGCCAGCAACAUUCGCUCACAAGAUUCCCGAGCAUGUCACAUUUGAAGUCGCAGCCACGUUACCAGUGGCUCAUGCUACGGCGCAAUAUGCCCUCAGCUAUGUUGCACACUUGGAGACAAGUGAAACUGUCUUCAUACAUGAGGCUGCCGAUGCUGUAGGCCAAGCUGGAAUCCAGAUUGCCCUGAACAAGGGCGCCAAGAUCUUCGCGACGGUGCGAUCAGAAGAGGAGAAGACAUUUCUCACAGAGAUAUAUGGUAUCGAAAGUACCUGUAUAUUUUCCAGUUAUGACCUCAAGUUUGUUGUAGGUCUUCGGAGAGCAACAAGGGGUCGUGGCGUCGACGUGGUCUUGAACACCAUGACUGGUGAGGCACUACAGGCGACAUUCAGCUGCGUUGCGCCAUUUGGCAGACUGGUUGAUCUCCACACAAAGAGGACAGACCGAUUGGAGAUGGCACCUUUCGAGCGCAGUGUCUCUUUCAUGUCUGUAGAUAUUGGGCUUCUUUACAGCAGGAAGCCCAAGGUCGCUGCGGAGGUAUUCCAGGAAGCAAUGGAUGUUGCGGUGACGGGAGAGAUGAUUCAACGUCAGACAGUCGUCCAAAAGCCACCCCCAAGCAUCUCCCUCGACCCAUCCGCCUCCUAUCUUCUCGCCGGCGGUCUCGGCGGCCUCGGACGAAGCAUAGCCCAAUGGCUCGUCCAACACGGCGCAAAGAACCUAAUCUUCCUCUCCCGCUCGGGCGCCGCCUCGCCCUCGGCCCAAACCUUCAUCUCCACCCUGCACACGUCGCAUAUCCGCACCGCCAUCCUCGCAUGCGACAUAUCCGACCACCUCUCGCUAUCCGACCAACUCACCACCACCUUGAAAACUUUCCCGCCCAUCAAAGGCAUCAUCCAAGCCGCCAUGACACUCCACGACUCUCUCUUCACCACCAUGACAGCCGAGCAAUGGACCUCGACCCUCCUCCCCAAAGUCUACGGCUCAAAAAACCUCCACGACACCACGCUUUCCCAACCCCUCGACUUCUUCAUCUUGUUAUCCUCGCUCCACUCCUUCAUCGGUAACCCCGGUCAGGCAAACUACGCCGCGGGCUGCGCGUACCAAGUCGCCCUAGCCAAAUACCGGAACCACAUCGGCCUGCCCGCGACAGCCAUCGACGUCGGCAUCGUCAGCGACGUGGGCUACGUAGUCGAGAAGCAAGGUGCGGGCCAGAAAGUCAAAGUGCAAGGAUUCAAACAUAUCAGCGAGCGGGAGAUGUUAGCGCUUAUGGAAUUGGGGGUUCGGGAACCUAUGCUGGGACAUCUUGUUACAGGGCUGGAUUCUGACGCUGAUGGUGAUGAUGUUGUUGCUGCUGCUAUGGGGGCGAGGGGGGAUGAGAUGCCGUUUUUCGCCAGGGAUCCUGUGUUGAGUCAUUUGCGGUAUUUACGUCCGCAUCUUAAACACUACAACGCCACUUCCACCUCCUCCUCCACGGACACCAUCACAGCACUCCCCCUAUCAUCCCUCCUAUCAACCUCCCCACCGCCCUCCCCCGAAACAGCACAAUCCCUCAUUCUCGCCGCGCUGCUGAAAAAACUCUCCCGCACACUCAUGAUGGAUGUGGGUGAUAUCGAUCCAGCCAGGGAGUUAGCGGCGUAUGGAACGGAUUCGCUGGUUGCGGUUGAGUUGAAGAAUUGGUUGGCGAGGGAGACAAAGGUGGGGGUUAGUGUGUUUGAUAUUUUGCAGAGUGCGAGUGUGGAGGCGUUGGUUGGGCGGGUGGUGGGGAGGUUGGGGGGUGUGGGGGAGUGA